CGCCGGGCGCACAGCACCGAUGGCUCGCCACCCCGGCCGCUGCCUGCUGCUGCUGCUGCUGCUCACCUGUUGCCCCGCGGCCGCCCAGGUUGACCUACUGAGCCUGAACUGGCUGUGGUCCACUAGGACCGCCGGGCCCACGGCCAAACCGGUGUCGGAGGCCCCAGGGAGCCCACAUGUGCAGCCCAGAGACGAGACCAGCACGCCUGUGACCCCCCAGCCCGGCCCCACGGAGCAGGGCAAUGCCCCCGCCAGCCCGGAGCCGCCCCUGCGGGGGCUGGAGACCGACGAGCACGCGGCCUCUGCCGCACCCUCUGCACCCCCCGCGGGCCCAGACCCGAAGGAGGAGAAGGAGGAGAACAUCGCCGGCGUGGGAGCCAAGAUCCUGAACGUGGCUCAGGGCAUCCGGAGCUUCGUCCAGCUGUGGGACGACACCACGCGCCCGGAGAGCUCCAGCACGGCAGGGCCGCCUGCCCCCGUGACCCCCACCAGCCCCCUCACCCUCCCGGGGCCCUCCCGGCCCCCCCCGGAGAACGGGACGGCUCUCUGGCUGGGCAGCACAGACGCCCCACGCGUGGAGGCCAGCACCCUGCCGGCACCCACCCAGCUGCCCCCCUCCCUGGACAAGCCCCGGGCAGCGCUCAGGGAGCCCUCGGGGCCGCCGCCUUCUCCAGGUAGAGCCUCUCUGUCCUCUGCGCCCCGUGGGGCUCCUCCUGGGGGGAGCCAGCCGUCCCCGGGGCCGCCCCAGGAUCUGGACAGCGAGGGACUCUGGCCCGGCCAGCAGCACCGACUCCCCGGCCUCCGCGGGCGCUCGCCGCAUCUGCUUCCCCUGGUGAUGGGUGCUCUGGGCGCGGACGCGGCCCCCUCGGCUCUGUCCUCUGACCCCCCCGCCCUGCUGCCUGGAACCCCACUCUCAGCUGUCACCGGGGGCAGGGGUGCUUGGGCUGCUCCCGCCGCGGACUCUCUGGGGCCUGGGCCUGCUAAUAACUCUGCCCCGCUGACCCCCGCUGGGCGGCCCGUCCCCGCCGCCGGCCGCUGCCUGCCCCUGCCGCCCGCCCUGCCGGUGUGCGGCCGCCUGGGCAUCGGGCGCGCCUGGCUGCCCAACCACCUGCAGCACGCCAGCCGCCACGAGGUGCGCGCCGCCGCCCGGGCGUGGGGGGGCCUCCUGCGGACGCGCUGCCACCGCUUCCUCGCCCGGUUCGUCUGCCUGCUGCUGGCCCCGCCCUGCCGCUCCGGCCCCCCGCCCGCGCCCCCGCCCUGCCGCCAGUUCUGCGAGGCCCUGGAGGACGCCUGCUGGAGCCACCUGCCCGGGGCCGGGCUGCCCGUGCCCUGCGCCUCGCUCCCCGCCCAGGAGGACGGGCUGUGCGUGUUCAUUGGGCCCGGUGCAGAGAGCCAGGGCUCGGAGGUGGGGCUUCUGCAGCUGCUGGGAGAGCCCCUGCCCCAACAGGUCACCCAGGUAGACGACCCCGACGUGGGGCCGGCCUUCGUCUUCGGCCCGGAUGCCAACAGCGGCCAGGUGGCCCGGUACCACGUCCCCAGCCCGUUCUUCCGUGACUUCUCGCUGCUCAUGCACGUGCGGCCGGCCACCGAGGGCCCGGGGGUGCUGUUUGCCAUCACGGACGCGGCCCAGGCGGUGGUCUCCGUGGGCGUGAAGCUGUCGGGCGUGCGUGACGGGCAGCAGCACGUCCAGCUCCUGUACACGGAGCCCGGGGCCGCCCGGACCCGCACGGCCGCCAGCUUCCGCCUGCCCGCCUUCACCGGCCAGUGGACGCGCUUGGCGCUCAGCGUGGACGGCGCGACGGUGGCGCUGUUCGUGGACUGCGAGUUGUUCCAGAGGGUGCCCCUGGAGCGCUCCCCGGGGGGCCUGCAGCUGGAGCCCGGCGCCGGGCUGUUCGUGGCCCAGGCGGGAGGAGCGGACCCCGACAAGUUCCAGGGGAUGAUCGCGGAGCUGAGGGUGCGCGGGGACCCGCACGUGAGCCCCCUGCACUGCCUGGAGGAGGACGACGAGGACAGCGGCGGGGUGUCUGGAGACUUUGGGAGCGGGCUGGAGGACGACCGGGAGCCGUCGGGUCCGCUCCCCAAAGCCGAGCUCCCCGAGGCUCCCCCGGUCACUUCUCCGCCCUUGGCUGGAGGCAGGGACAUGGAAGAUUCCAGAACGGAAGAAAUCGAGGAAGAAGCCACAGCGUCCCCGUUGGGAGCUCGGACCCUCCCCGGCUCGGCUACAGUCACCGUAGAGAGCGCCCAACGCCUUGGGGGCAGCCUGCAGGAGGCUCCUACAGGCCCUGCGGCGCACAACCCUGAAGCAUGGCCGGGACCCGGGCCACAGGGCCCCCCGGGCCCCCCAGGGCCACCAGGGAAGGAUGGCACCCCUGGAAGGGACGGUGAGCCGGGGGAUCCCGGUGAGGACGGGAGGCCGGGUGACCCUGGGCCGCAGGGCUUCCCCGGAACCCCGGGAGACGUGGGCCCCAAGGGCGAGAAGGGCGACCCUGGGGUCGGGCCAAGAGGACCCCCAGGACCCCAAGGGCCUCCAGGGCCACCAGGACCCUCCUUCAGACACGACAAGCUGACCUUCAUUGACAUGGAGGGGUCCGGGUUCGGCGGUGACCUGGAGAGCCUCCGAGGCCCCAGAGGCUUUCCCGGCCCCCCUGGGCCCCCCGGCGUCCCAGGCCUGCCCGGAGAACCAGGCCGCUUCGGGAUGAACAGCUCGGACGUCCCAGGCCCCGCGGGCCUUCCUGGUGUCCCCGGGCGGGACGGGCCCCCUGGGCUUCCCGGCGCCCCGGGACCGCCAGGCCCUCCGGGGAAAGAAGGAGGACCAGGGAAGCCCGGCCCGAAAGGCAGCCCCGGUGACGCGGGCGCCCCAGGACCUAAGGGAAGCAAGGGUGACCCCGGCCCCGUCGGCGUUCCGGGGGAGAGCGGCUUGGCAGGAGCCCCCGGGCCCGCUGGACCGCCAGGGCCCCCUGGACCCCCGGGGCCACCGGGACCAGGACUGGCCGCAGGGUUUGUUGACAUGGAAGGCUCAGGGGAACCCUUCUGGUCGACGGCGCACGGAGCCAGCGGGCCGCAGGGACCACCAGGCCUGCCCGGGGUCAAGGGGGACCCUGGGAUAGCAGGACCACCGGGCACCAAGGGAGAAGUCGGCGCAGAUGGGCCUCCCGGGUUCCCCGGCCUCCCUGGCAGAGAGGGCACGGCCGGAGCACAGGGACCCAAAGGAGAAAAAGGGACCCAGGGAGAGAAAGGCGAGCCAGGGAGGGACGGAGUGGGGCAGCCUGGGCUCCCCGGACCCCCCGGACCUCCAGGGCCCGUCGUCUACGUGUCAGAGCAGGAGAGAGCGGCGACAGGCGUGCCGGGACCCGAGGGCCGGCCGGGACACGCAGGCUUUCCUGGACCGGCCGGGCCGAAGGGAGAUCUGGGCUCCAAAGGCCAGCGGGGCCCCCCAGGGCCCAAGGGCGAGAAGGGCGAGCCGGGCCCGGCGUUCAGCCCCGACGGCAGCAUGCUGGCCCCCGCCCAGAAGGGGGCCAAGGGAGAGCCCGGAUUCCGAGGCCCCCCGGGUCCCUACGGGCGGCCGGGGCACAAGGGAGAGAUCGGCUUCCCUGGGCGGCCGGGUCGCCCCGGGAUGAACGGACUGAAGGGGGAGAAAGGGGAGCCAGGACAGGCCAGCGCCGGCUUCGGUAUGAGGGGUCCACCCGGUCCCCCAGGGCCUCCGGGGCCCCCAGGCCCUCCUGGGACUCCCAUCUAUGACAGCAACGCAUUUUUGGAGCCUGGCCACCCCGGACCUCCAGGAUUGCCAGGGCACCAGGGGCCUUCUGGACCAAAGGGUGACAAAGGAGACGUGGGCCCUCCAGGACCACCAGGCCAGUUCCCCUUCGACCUCCUCCAGUUCGGGGCUGAGAUGAAGGGGGAGAAGGGCGACCGCGGCGACGCCGGGCAGAAGGGCGAGCGCGGUGAACCCGGGGGGGGCGGGUUCUUCGGCUCAAGCGUGCCCGGCCCCCCGGGCCCCCCGGGCUACCCCGGCAUCCCGGGUCCCAAGGGAGAGAGCGUUCAGGGCCAUCCCGGCCCCCCUGGACCUCAGGGCCCCCCUGGCAUCGGCCAUGAGGGGCGUCGGGGGCCUCCCGGGCCCCCCGGCCCCCCCGGGCCCCCAGGACCCCCUUCCUUUCCCGGCCCUUACAGGCAGACUAUCAGUGUCCCCGGCCCUCCCGGGCCCCCUGGGCCCCCUGGCCCCCCUGGAACCAUGGGCACGUCCUCAGGGCAGGUGCGCAUCUGGGCCACGUACCAGACGAUGCUGGACAAGGUGCCGGACGUGCCGGAGGGCUGGCUCAUGUUUGUGGCCGAGAGGGAGGAGCUGUACGUCCGGGUCCGGAACGGGUUCCGGAAGGUUCUGCUGGAGGCGCGGGUGCCACUCCCACGCGGGACGGACAACGAAGUGGCCGCCUUGCAGCCCCCCGUGGUGCAGCUGCACGAGGGCAACCCGUACCCCCGGCGGGAGCCCACCCACGCCACGGCGCGGCCCUGGCGGGCAGAUGACAUCCUGGCCAGCCCCCCGCGCCUGCCAGACGCCCAGCCCUACCCCGGGGCCCCGCACCACGGCUCCUACCUGUACUUCCAGCCGGCUCGCCCCACUGGCGGGCCCGUCCACACCCACACCCACCAGGACUUCCAGCCGGUGCUGCACCUGGUGGCCCUGAACAGCCCGCAGCCGGGCGGCAUGCGAGGCAUCCGGGGAGCGGACUUCCAGUGCUUCCAGCAGGCGCGCGCCGCGGGGCUGGCCGGCACCUUCCGGGCCUUCCUGUCCUCGCGGCUGCAGGACCUCUACAGCAUCGUGCGCCGCGCCGACCGCACCGGGGUGCCCGUCGUCAACCUCAGGGACGAGGUGCUCUUCCCCAGCUGGGAGGCCUUAUUCUCGGGCUCCGAGGGCCAGCUGAAGCCCGGGGCCCGCAUCUUCUCUUUCGACGGCAGAGAUGUCCUGCAGCACCCCGCCUGGCCCCAGAAGAGCGUGUGGCACGGCUCCGACCCCAGCGGGCGCCGCCUGACCGACAGCUACUGCGAGGCGUGGCGGACGGAGGCCCCGGCGGCCACCGGGCAGGCCUCGUCGCUGCUGGCGGGCAGGCUGCUGGAGCAGGAGGCCGCGAGCUGCCGCCGCGCCUUCGUGGUGCUCUGCAUCGAGAACAGCGUCAUGACCUCCUUCUCCAAGUAGGGCCGCGCGCCCGCGGGAGCAUCCGCCGCCCCCGGGGGGCCUGGCCGGGACACUUUCCUGCGCGGUCGCGCUUAAUGUAAUCCUCAAGAAAUAAAAGGAAGCCAAAGAGUGUAUUUUUUACAAAGUUUAAGACGAAA